UUAGCGUCUAGCGACCACCACCGGAAAAAGUAGAAAGAGAAGUGGAAGACCAUGUGCUCGGCCCUUUUUUGUUGAUUAUAUCGCUAAAAAAUUAGUCUCACGUUUUACCUGUUGUGACAGUGCAUUAAAAUUGUUUACCGAAGGCAACAUCUAAAGUAGAAGCAGUUGUUUUUUAUUACUACCUGUCGUACUCAAACAACGUACGAAACAUGGGCUAUAAAAGUAAGGUUAAGAAGGCAAGAAUUGUCGUCAGAAAUUUGCCUUUCAGUGUCACCGAUGAGCAAAUAAAAGAAAGAUUUAGUCAAUAUGGUGGAAGAAUUUAUGAGCUCAAUCGUUUAUCCAAAAAUGGCAAACCCACCGGCUGCUGUUUUAUUCAGUUCGACGCUGUAAAUGUGGCUGCAAAAGCCAUACGCCAUGAAAACGAUUCGUUAUUUGUAAACAGAAAAAUUAUUGUGGAUUGGGCAGUACCCAAAAAUAAAUUCCAGCAGCCAGAAGUAAAAAAAGAGGAUGAGACAAACGAAGAUUGUAAACCAGAUAUUAGUAUUAUUGAUGUUGAGUCCCAGGAACAAAAAGAUGAUGACAGUGUAACUGAUGUAAAAGUGAAUGAUUUUAAAUCUCAUAAACAAGACAAUGAAGACAGUGACGAAGACAGUGAUGAAGAUGUAAAACCAAAUGACAUUAAAUCUGAAGAUUCUGAUGACGAUGAUGAUAAUGAAGAAGAAGACAGUGAAACAGACGUUAAAGUUAAAGAUGAAGAACCUCAACAACCACGACAACUGUCAAAUGAUGUAAAUGAAGGUAGAACAGUUUUCUUAAGAAAUGUUCCUUUCCAAGCAACAAAUGAAGAUCUUAAAAAUUGUAUGAGUCAAUUUGGACCUGUUGUGUAUGCUGUAAGGUGCAUCGAUGAGUUAACUGAACAUCCUAAAGGAACAGCAUUUGUUAAGUUUGUGAAUCCUGAGGAUGCUGAAAAAUGUUUAUCCGCUGGUACUGAGUUGACUCUCAGGGGACAAAUCCUUGAUCCUCAUAAAGCACUGAGUAAAGAGGAAGUGAAAGAAAAAAGUCAGGAAAAGAAACAAAAAAAGACAAAAGAUUCAAGAAAUCUCUACUUGGUCAAAGAAGGAGUUAUUCUUGCCUCAUUACCUGCUGCAAAAGAAGUUUCAGCACAAGACAUGGAAAAACGAUUAGCACUGGAAAAAUGGAAGUCUCAAAUGCUUCGUAACCUUGCAAUGUUUGUUUCACGAAAUCGUCUUGUUUGUCAUAAUUUACCUCCAUCAUGUGAUGAUAAAGCUUUGCGACAGAUAUUUCUUAAAUAUGGUGGUCCACAAGCUUGUAUUACGGAGGCUAAAGUAAUGAGAGACCUGAGAAAUCUUGAUGAUAAGGGUAAUGCUAAAUCGAAAGAGCAUGGAUUCAUCACAUUCACACGCCAUGAAGAUGCUCUCAGAGCGCUGAGAGCCAUUAACAAUAAUCCCAGUAUUUUUACACGUCAAAGGCGACCAAUUGUAUCUUUUUCAAUCGAAAAUCGUGCAAUGAUUAAUGCCAGAGCCAAUCGAUUGGAAAAAAGUAAAUUGAAUAACCCAAAUGCGAAUAAAAGAGCAAAUAGCGACAAAACUUCAGAUGCUGAACCAGACAAAAAAAGACAGAGGUUUGAUAAAAAAUCAAAAAUGAAUCAUGAUGGAACCAUGUCAAAACAGUUUGCUGGUACUGAAAGCAAACCUGGGUCAAAAGCACAUAUGGGCAAAUUUUUCUUACGAAAACAAGCAAAGAUACAUAACGAAAACAUAAAAGAAAAGAAAAAGCAAAUAAAAUCAAAAAAGCAAUUAACUGAAAAGAUACGCGAUCAAGCUGCAAAAAGACGAGAUCCAAAGCCAAAGCAGGGUGCCAAAAAGGACAAAGACGAGAUGAACUUUAAUAAAAUAGUAAACAAAUAUAAAAAUCAAUUAGCAACAGCACAGUCGCAGGAGAAACGCUCAAAAUGGUACGAGUCAAAGUGAUUUUGACUAGUUUCAUGUUGUUCAGUUUUACUUUUGUAAAUACUGUACAUAUUAUUUGUUUGUAUUAACUUUCUAAGCAAUUUCCUGAAGGAUAGUUUUUAAUAAAAGUUUGUUACAAUAAAAA